UCUUGGCGUCGGGGUCGCGUUCUGUCACCUGGGAAACGAGCGGACCGUGCUCACUCACCACCGCGGCCAAUGCCUGUGAACGUCACCACCAAAAAGACCGGCCAGUGUUUCUCACCACCGCAGACCCCGUAGCAUCCAAAGGGAAGACCGACGCCGUGACUGAAUAAAACAUGCCCGCAGCAAAACGCCGCACAUCGGGUGGCCCGACCGCGUCCUCGAAGGCGAAGUCGAGAUCGCAAUCUACCCUCGCCUUCCAUGGCAAGUCCAACAAAAUCACCAAGCCCGGGAGUGGGAUCGCAUCGGGCAAGCUAAAACAAGAUUCGCCGGCUUUGGGCCCUGCGGAUGCGAUUGAGAUUCCGACCGAGGCGGAGCCCGACGUCAAGAAGUCGACGACUACGGAGGUUUCGAUCGCGAAGCAAGCGAAGACAGAAGCGGAGGCGCCGCUGACGCCAGAAGAGGUGGAGGCGAGCAAGGUGAAGGAGGCGCAGAUCAAAAAGUACUGGCAGGAGAAGGAAAGUCUGAGGAAGGCGCCAAGAGUGCAUCAGGACGGCCUCAGUCUGCACGAGAAGAUCUGUAGAGAGUUCGACACGGACGGGCGGUAUGGCCCGUGCGUAGGAAUCGCACGGAUAAAACGAUGGAAGAGAGCGCAUAAGUUAGGCUUGAAGCCACCAAUCGAAGUCUUGGCGGUCCUUCUGCAGGAGCAGGAAGAGGAGAACGUCAAGGCACAACAUUCGCACGUGGAUGAGCUGAUGAGCUCGAGGUUUGCUGAAGUUUGAUUUCGUACGGAUUUUUUGCAACGACGAAGAGAUGUUGGCGCUCGUUAUUACGAUCGUGUUUCGGAUAGCUCGGUUGCUAAGGUUUUGAUCAGCAUGCGUCAGUUCUCUUUCUCUUAUCGUGCGGUCCAUCGGAUCGCAUGCCCAUGGACAGACAAGUUAUCAUUUUCAUGGCAAUGGAUGCUGAAUCGCGGUACAGUGCAUCCUGCUGGGUCUAGACUGGGACAUACAUAUCCAAGCAAAUCUCGGUCCAAGCUUUAGUGCGACCAUCUUACUUGAAGGAUCCCUAUUGACUGAAUGCUUGCUUCUUUUGAACAUGAGGAAGUGGAUUGCAUCCACGUUCAGUUCAUAUUUGUUGGUAAGCCAUGUGAUACUCCAGUCUUAGAUUUAAAUGAUAAGCAACUCCGUAACGUCUUCAACAAAAUGAGCAUGAAGGAUACUGAAUGACGGAGAUCGGUCGAUAAAUGCAUCAGCCUUCAUUUCUUCACGUUGCAACGACCGCCAAAGCCAAAGGGAUGUCGAAGACGAGAUCUAGAUUGCGAAAUGCGUUUAAAUAAUCUAAGCGAUUUGCUGUCAUGCAGCCAAUGCACC